AUGUCUUCUUCUUCUUCUCAGGUCGAGCGCCAGCGGCUACCGCUAGAACUCAUCCUGAAUAUCAUCGAGAGUCUUCUCCCACCGAAUGAAUCCUGUGUCUCCCGCUCAACAUAUGACUUCAGCACCCGACUCCUCCGCAAGCGAUGCAUGCAUAUCGACUCGACAAGCCGCCUGAGCUUGCUUCUGCUGAGUCUCUUCUCGCCGUCGCCUAGAAAUCUUCCGCCGACCCUAUCACUCAAAUGCAUCACUUCUCUCUACCUCAGUCCAUUUGGAAAGUCGCUCGAUGAUAAACCGACGGCCAUGUGGGUGCGCGAGCUCUUUUGCGAGGUUUGCGACACCCUCAAGCGCCUUAUCGUCGAUAUGCCGUUUGGAACCUUGUCCGGAUACGAUGACCACCUCGAUGUCAGGCCGACUUUGACGGACGGGUUCCAGCGGCUAUCCAAGCUGGAGGAGCUCAUCUGUCUACGGGACUAUCCAGCUCUGACUUUCAUGCAACAGACUUUUACCGUCAACUGCUGGAGCUUGUGGCCCAACCUGAGGCGCGUCGUGCUAUUCAACGCACCCAUGUCGAGCCACUGGCUCUGGUAUGACAUAGCAAACACAGCCCAGCUUGAGCAGGUUGUUCUCGCGCGACCACUCGUUCCGCCACGGAUCAAUGUCAAGGACGACUACUACCAUAUGCUGAACAGCUAUGACCACUUGACACCCCGGAAGAUCAAGAUUGUGCUUGCCGACGUGGAAAGCGACCUACCGGAAAUAGAGACGACGAGAUGGGACGAGUACGACCCCGAGGGACUGCUAGCCAUCGAGAAAUACGACAUCCCAACGUCUUUCUAUGGGGAUGAGAAUGCGACUGACUUGUGCUGCGACUGGGUCAAGAUGGCUGCUCUGAACGGGUCGAUUUGGGACUGGAAAAGCCACCCAGUGGAUGGUCCGCCAGCAGAUGCGGUCCAGUAG